AUGUUGAGAUCUUCAAUACUACGCAGCUCCAAAGCUGUGCGCAUACAGCCUUUAUUCUUAGGUGCCAGACUAAAUCCAGUAAAUUCAAGAUUCAAUAUACAAAAUGUAAGAUAUAACUCCAGUUCUUCUGCUCAGCAAGCAGCAACUGAAAUACAAAAAAGUUUACCUUCAUUUGAUCAAGCUGCUGAAGUUGUUUCAGGGACAGGCUCUCAAAUAAUUGGUGAAGCUUCUCAACAUAUUGGUUAUUUACAAUCCAUUGGGUUAGCAAAAUCUUGGUGGUGGCCUCCAGAUUUAAUUCAACACGUUUUAGAAAUCGUUCAUGUUUAUACUGGUCUACCAUGGUGGGCCACUAUUGCUUUAACAACAAUCUCUGUUCGUGCUUGUAUGUUCCCGUUAUAUGUUAAAUCCUCAGAUGUUAUGGCCAGAAAUGCAAAGAUUAAACCAAAAUUAGAUGAUCUUCAAGCACAACUAUACUCAGCUGCUGAUAUGGCUGAAAGUCAAUUGGUUAUGAUGAAACGUAAAAAAUUAUUACAAGAACAUGGUAUUAAAAAUCGUUAUUUGAUGGCUCCAAUCUUACAAUUACCAAUUGCUAUUGGGUUCUUUGCAGGUUUACGUGGUAUGGCUAAUGCUAAUGUCGAUGGAUUCCAAAAUGGUGGUAUCUUGUGGUUUCAAGAUCUAACUGCUGCUGAUCCUUAUUUAGGCUUGCAAUGUUUAUCAGCUGCUGUUAUUAUGGGGUUCAUGAGAGCUGGUGGUGAAACUGGUGCUCAAGUUUGGACUCCCCAAGUUAAGAAAAUCUUAACCUAUUUACCACUAAUCUCCAUUCCAGCUACAAUGUCAUUAUCAAGUGGUGUUAUCUUAUAUUUCUUUGUUAAUGGGUUAUUUUCCGUUUUCCAAAGUUAUAUAUUGAAAAAUAAAUCAUUUAGAAAAUAUAUGAAUCUUGCUGAAAUUGCUCCACCAAAACCUGUUGAUCCAUCACAACCUCAAAAAGGUAUAAGGGAAACAUUCAAGGAGCAUUUUGAAAAAACAAGAAAGCAAGCUGAAAAAAAAGCUGAAACUAAAGCUAGAGAGGAUAAAUUAAAAGAAUUAGCAGAUCAAAAGAGAAAAAAUGCUGAAAUUAAAAUUGUUAGAAGAGGCAAGAAAUGA